CGUGGUCGCUUCGGUGUGGGACCGGUGGGAAACAGGUCGGGCACCAAUGUUUGCAACACCCGGUGUUUGAGUUGUGUGAUGGAGUUUCGUUGACAUACAGACAGUAACGCUACGUGAAUUAGUACUAAGUGUGUCUGUCUACUAAUACUGCGAUAUCUGUCGGGAGAACUCGCCCGAGCGACAUGGCAGAUAAUAUUAUCAUCAGGGUACAGUCCCCAGAUGGGAUGAAGAAAAUUCUCUCUACCAAAAGGGAGACUGCUGCUGCUUUUUUGAAGAAGGUAGCCAAAGAGUUUGGGUUCAAUUCCAAUGGGUUCUCUGUUUACCUGAACCGCAACAAGACCGGAGAGAUCCUUUCCCAGAACAAAACCCUCAGCCUGCUUAAGAUCAAGCAUGGCGACAUGCUGUUUCUGUUCCCAUCAGGAUCCAGCACCUCCUCUGGAGAGGUGAUGGACACGGCCACCCCUCACACAUCUUCAUCACUACCAUCCGUCUCAUCAUCAUCUUCUUCAUCAUCCUCCAUGAUCCCUCGGUCCUUCUCAGCACCUCAGGUCCAGGAGGAUGAGAUUGAUCAGUAUCUGGCCAAGCAAGACGGCAAGAUCUACAGGAACAGAGAUCCACAGCUAUGUCGCCAUGGUGCCCUUGGAAAAUGUGUGCACUGUGUACCAUUAGAGCCUUUUGACGAAGACUACCUGAAUCACCUCGACCCACCAGUGAAGCACAUGUCAUUCCACGCAUAUCUUCGCAAGCUGACCGGUGGAGCUGAUAAAGGGAAGUUUGCAGCUCUAGAGAACAUCAGCUGUAAGAUCAAGUCAGGCUGCGAAGGCCACCCUCCCUGGCCAGAGGGGAUCUGCACCAAGUGCCAACCCAGUGCUAUCACACUGAACAGACAGAAAUACAGACAUGUGGACAACAUCAUGUUUGAAAACCACACCAUCGCUGACCGCUUUCUGGACUUCUGGAGGAAGACGGGCAGUCAGAGGAUGGGAUACUUGUACGGCAGGUACACUGAGCACAAAGACAUCCCUCUGGGCAUCAGGGCUGAGGUGGCUGCCAUCUACGAACCCCUGCAGAAUGCCACCCAGAACAGCCUGGAACUGUUGGAUGAUCCCAAAGCUGCAGCUGUGGAUGAAAUUGCUGCCAAACUGGGCCUGUGCAAGGUGGGCUGGAUCUUCACAGACCUGCUCUCUGAGGAUACAAGGAUAGGCACUGUCCGCUACACGAGAAACAAGGACUCACACUACCUGAGUGCAGAGGAGUGCAUCACAGCAGGAUACUUCCAGAAUCAACAUUCAAACCCCUGCAGACUUUCUCGAGAUGGACAUUUUGGCUCCAAAUUCGUGACUGUGGUGGCAACAGGUGGUCCAGAUAACCAGGUGCACUUUGAAGGAUACCAGGUGUCCAAUCAGUGCAUGGCCCUGGUGAGAGAUGAGUGCCUACUGCCCUGCAAAGAUGCUCCUGAGCUGGGCUACGCUAAAGAAUCCAGCCCUGAGCAGUACGUACCAGACGUCUUCUACAAGGAUAAAGACAAAUUUGGAAAUGAUGUCACGUUUCUUGCCCGGCCUCUUCCUGUGGAGUACCUUAUUAUUGAUAUUACCACCACUUUUCCAAAGGAUCCUCAGUACACCUUCUGCUCUACACAACGCUUCCCCAUCGAAAACCGUGACAUCCUUGGAGAGACACAAGACUUCCACAGUUUAGCGACAUACCUGUCCCAGUGCACGUCCUCCUCAUUCCUGGACAUCGUGUCAGACUUCCAUCUGCUCCUCUUCCUCGUCACCAAUGAAGUCAUGCCUCUGAGAGACAGCAUCGGGCUGCUGCUAGAUGCAGUAAAGACUUCUAAUGAGGAUCUGGCACAGACCUGGAAGAAGUCCGAGCAGUGGGCCACCAUCGAGCAGCUGUGCAGUACGGUGGGUGGGCAACCCUCCAGCUCUCUGGGUUAUGGGGCCAUGGGUGGUCCCUCAGUCCCAGCCUCCUCCUCAGCCAUGUGGUCCUGCCUCCACUGCACCUUCAUGAACCAGCCUGGCACAGAGCACUGUGAAAUGUGCAGCCUGCCCCGCAGUUAAAGAACCCCCACCCUCCUCUGCCCCGCUUCCAUGCCCUGCCCUGAUCUUACACAGCGCGCCCAGCCCUCCUCUUAACUCACCAAUGCCAUCCCUGCACCAGGACCACCUGCAAGAUUUGGAUGCCCUGUUUGUUUUCUUUCGCCUCACUCUGAAGCCUCAGUCCUUCCCAUCUCACAGGCUGCUGUGACGUGCAGAGGGAUGCACUUGUUUACAUCGAAUUAAUUGAGUAAAUAAAGUAAAACCAGACUGUGUUUUUUUUUUUUGUAUCCCUCCUCACAGCGGCUCUUGUGAGUGGUGGAGUACAUUUAAGUAAAGCACUUUGGCUGAGGCCCUUUUCCCUUAACCCACCGCCGCCCUGAAAUAAUCACCCCCUUCAUGGCUCAAUUAAAUCCUGCUGUGACUCAGGACAACAGCAAAGACUCGAGUGUUCUCUCACAUCAGUGCCCCUCUCACUCUCACUACGUCUUCUGGAAAAUUUUGCUGUGUAUAAAUACAUUUGAGGAAUGAUACUGUUAUUUAAUUAAGCGUCUUUUUUUGUUCUGUUUUUUUUUUUUUUUUUUUUUUAAUCUGAUUGUAGCGAUACCUUAAAAUUUUGAAUCUUCAGCGUGGACUCUGCUCAGUCAGGUUUUAAAGGUCUUGGUCUCUUUGACAAGCCCCUUAUAGUACAAUCAUUGGUCAAAUCCCAGACCUGAAAAUGCUAAGAGCUCCAGAGUUAUUCCGCGUAAGUAGAGUUUAUUUUCAGUAUUAAAUAACUUGGAAAAUGUUUGGAAAUGAGUCCCAGAUUUGGAUUUGGAAAGGUAGACGCAAAAUGCUAUUCACCCAUAACACAUCCUCCACUGAUUGCAGACUUAACGUGCUGUCGGUCAUGAAGAUCUUUCACUGGUUUGUUGGAAUUGUAGCUUUUGGAUUUGGAGGUUUUUGGAGGAACUUGAGCAGGCACAAUAUGUAGCUUAUUUUAUCAGCUUUAUGUUCUGUUCCUGUUAAAUCGCCCACAGGACAUCAUCCAUCGUCAUCAUGAUUACUGACUCGCACUGUAUUAGCCGUGAGGUGCUUCUAGAAACAACUGGUGCUCGCCACUUUCCUCUCUGUCACUCCAUACCUGUGGUUCUCCUGUUUUUUUUAGUCUUGCUGGCGCCAAUCCAAAGGAGUCAGACCAUAACCAGUGUUCCUCUGCUGAUGGGCCCCUGUGGGUUUUUCCCAUCAAUCAGCCUUCAAAGACGUUGCUGCUCAGAGUGCAAGAGGUCGCAGGUCACUGCGGGGAGAAAAAAGAUGCCUAACAUAUCGUUUGUCUCAUCUGAUGUCUGUGCCGUGCAUCUGCAGAAUGACGAUGGGCAGCAUUUAAAAACGCCUUGAUGUGUUUGGUUCUGCCAUUAAUGAUUCUCUGCACUUUGAAACAAAAACCCUGAGCUUCUUCCAGCAGGAGAGGAGGCAUGGAUGAUGUUCAGCACACAGGUUCAGAUUGAUGUUUUCUCCACUUUGCAGAGCUUCAGUUGUCAGUGGUGUGGAAGGGGCCGAGCCUGAAAACAAUGUGAAAAGCACUUCUUCUUCUUCUCCUCUCGACAGCACUAAAAAGGCAAACGGGCAAUUUAAAGGGUCAGUUCACCCAAAUUACACAAAAACUGCACAUUUUCUUACAAACCUUUAGCAGUCUUUUAGUAGGCAGAUAGUUUGCGACGUUUCUGCUUCCAAACUAGUAUGGUGGUGGCGAAAGAAAUGUAAUUUCAUUAAUGGCCUGAAAUGUCAGAGAAAAAUAAUGAUAAUAAUAAUAAUGAUAAAACCUGGUCAAGACUACGUACGUGGAUGGAUAUCACCAAUGUAAAAGGGAAAAUGUUUUAGUUUUUUUUUUUAAAUUAUUUUGGUGAACUAACCCUUUAACACUUAACAGUCAGUAGUGGGCACAUUAGGAUAGUUGGUUAAAACUGGUUCUUAUCGCUUCUUAGUUUCUUCUGGAUUUCUUUUCAUGAGACUAAUAUUGGGACCAAAACUUCAACAAGAUCAUUUAAGUCAUAAAAGUUCAUUUCUGGUUGCACGUCAUUAACAUCUGGCCACAAAAUGUUUUUAGAGCCACUCCACCCAAAUGAUUUCUAACAUGCACCCAUCCAGUAAAAUCAGACCACAGUGAUGUUGUCUGUACGCAGCCGAGAGCAGGGACCUUUUUCAAGCCGAUGUGGUGCCAGGAUCAAGGAUUUUGAUUCGAUCACCUGUGGUCCAGAUGUAAAUAUGUCCACAUAUAAAAGCUUGACAGCAUCCCAAAGACCACAUGAAAAGCUGCUGUAGUUUUAAAGGUUGUAGUUUUUGAGGUAUGUGACCAAAAUUACUUUGCAUGACUUGGAUGCCUUUACAUUUUUUCUGGUGCUCAUAUAAAACUAGAGAAUUGAAAAUACAGAUUUUUAAAAAAUUCUUUACUCUAAAAGCUAAUGAUGCUAAAACAAAAAGCAAACAAACUGCACAUUUCCCAUAUUUACAUCAUUCGCACCUCCUCACUGAUCUAGAAUCUCUUUUAAUCUGCAUCCGUGAUGUGUUUGCUGCUGACUGUAGAUAACUGAAGCAGACUGACCGCUAUCUCAAACCUUUUAUCACUACUCUCAUGUUAAGUUUGGGCAAAUUAGUUCUUUUCUCAUAACUUUGUGCACUAUUACAUGAAAUGGUUUCAUUGGCUUUUUUGCUGAAAGGACAAUUUCAAUGGAAAGAAAACCGAAUCACUAAUCACUUAAACUGGGGUUGUUGACAGGGAAGCAGGCCUCUUCAGUUAGGAGGGCGAGUCGUGGGCUGCAGAUUUAGCUAUUUAUGAGAUGUGUGCUUCUUUGUAAGAGCUUGACAGUAAUUCCAUUGAUGAAGUGAGAAUAUAUUUUUAGUUGUAGAUUCAUUUAAAAAUGCUUGGAGAAAAAAAAAAGUUUGUUUUUUGUUGUUUUUUUUUUUUUGCCCCCUUCCCUUCCCGUGUGAAUUCUUUGAGAGCGAUUUAUCUGAUGUCAUGCUAACGGACGGCAGUGACCUUUUCCUUUUGUAUUGAUCCAGGGGCCGUUUGCUGAGCAAGCAUGCUCUUGGAUUUACUGCAGGUCCUCACUUUCCACUGAGCUAACUGAGGAUGCUGAUAGUUGUAUGCUGUUCACCUGGAUUUGAAACAAAAAUAAAAAAGACAACAACAGAGAA